UUUUAGUGACAACAUAGUAUGUUUACUUCAUUAUGUAUUUUAUCUGUGUAUUAUUCAUAUUUAAUUUAAUUGGUAAUCUCAGAGCUCGCCAGCCGGAUAUAGAUAUCAACAGGGUGAAACUAGUACCUAAAUCGAGAUCGAACAUUGAUUCCAAGGCCAUUAAUACACAUAACCAUCGCUCUUUGGAUCUGAUACAAUUAAGUAGAAAUCAUGAUUAUGACGAUCGUGGCCGCGGGGUCCACGAAUGGCACCCGCAGAUGCACCAUCUCCAUAGUUCGCCCUCAUACAAGGAACCAAAGACGCUCAAAAUACACGAGUCCCCAGAAGACCCCCGCCUCUUUUACCAAUCUGAUGUAUAUCUUAAAAAAAUUAGUCAGAAAAACAUAAAUAAUGAAGUCUCGUAUAUUUAUCCAGGUAGAGAAGUGAUACGAGCUUCUGAAAACUCAAUAAAACGUACGCCUAUCCGCUCACAACGUAUGAAAGCGAAUCUUAUUACCAAAGAUCACAUAUGCGUUAGAUGUCCGAACGAUAGAACGUUAAUAGCCAGGCCGGGAUCAAACCGUGUCAUUCUGCAGCAUCCACGUCUGCAGUCUUGUAAACCCGGAAAAAGAGUACCUAAAAAUGCACAAUUCGUUCGCAUGUAUGGCCCCGAAUUCGGUUCUUUAUUGACAGAAGGCAGCCACAUGCUAGUUGGACGGAUUACUCAUUUGGAAAAACCUCUACAAAUUUGCAAAAUGCAAAUAUAUGUAGUAUCCCAAAGCUGUCCUGCGCCCGAGAAUUUGAUACUUCAUUGUGAGAAAGGGAAUAAAGUCUGUAACUUUACAUGUCGAUAUCCUGAUCAUCUAUUAUACGGUGCUAAAAGUUUAACCUGCGGUACUAAUAUGAAAUGGAAUGGAACUCUUCCUAUUUGUAAAGCACAAAUUUCGUGCAACCCUCCGACACCGCCGGAUCAUGGUCGCAUAAGCUGUAAAGGAGGUACAUCUCUCAAUGGGUCCCGUCUACUCGAUGGAUCAUUAUGCCGAGUUCGGUGCAGACUCGGCAGGCGAUGGACACCCAAAAUCACUUCUAUCUGCCGCCGUGGGGUUUGGACUCGUGAUCUCACUUGUCAACCGAGAAAACAUUGAUGCAAAAUUUUGAGUGUAUAGGUAUGUGCGCAAUACAUACCUAUACACUCAAAAUAUGCGGAUGAACAUCAUAAAAAGUACUUAUUACAUAAAUUAUUAGUAAUUUAUCUAAAUUAAAUAUCCUUAAAUUAUACUAUACGUCAAUCUUAUUGUCUAUCCGUCUAACAUUUUAAUAAUAGAUAUUAUAAAUGCGAAUGUUCAUGAGUAGGUAUAGAUAUAUUAUAUAAUAUAAAUUGGGCAAGUGUGAUGCAGAAGAACUGUUAAAAGACUUUCAAGUAUAGUAUUAUUAUUCUUUUCUGUUCAUAAUUAAAGG